GCAACCGCGUCGCCGAGAAACCUCGCGGAAAUGGUGCCCCCCCAACUCCCCCCCCACUUCCCUCAAAUAAUACCCUGUCUCCCGCCUCCAUAAGUCCCCACUAAAUCCACACCAAUAAUUUCAUAACAACCAACCCCGUCGAUCAAUCUCUUAUCUCACCAAGAAAGAACGAAGCAACGGAAAACAAAACCGUGGAUCACUCGCGUCCGUUCCAUUAAUGGUCGUCGCCAAGGCGUGGUUCGCCGAUCUGCGGGCCCGGGUCGGCGCCGGCACCGGCUCUGACCGCGGCCUCCGACCGGACGACACCCCGGGCGUUGUCGGGAUUCUCGCCUUCGAGGCCGCGGCCACCAUGGCCCGCCUCAUCUCCCUCCACCGCGCCCUAUGCGAGCCGGAGGUCCUUUGCCUCCGGUCCCAUACCAUGCGGUCCCCGGGGGUGGCCUACCUCAACUCCACCGACCAGUUCCUCCUCUUCCGCCUCGCCUGCGCCGAAUUGAUGGACGAUCUCGACCGCGCCGCCGCCGCCAUCUCCCGCCUCGACGCCCGGCGUCGCGGGGGCCUCCCGAGAGGCUUCGCCAGCAUCUACGCCGACCUCAAGGCCGGCGAGACCAUCGCCGAUUUAGACCGUCUCAGGCUGGGUUCCAGUCCGAAGGUGGUCGAGAAACAGAUCAGAAAGAUGGCUCGCCUCGUCACGACGACGGCGAGAUUGUACGCGGAGUUGGAGCUGCUGUCAGAAUUGGAGGCGUCGGAGCGGAAGAUGGAGCAGCAGUGGAGGCGGUACAGCGGGCUGAUACCGAUGCAGAAACAUAUCGCCUCCGAUCCGCUCCGGCUUGAGAUCAAGUCGCAGCGUCAGAGAGUCCGGCGGCUCAAGGAGGCGUCGCUCUGGAACCAGAGUCAGGACAAGGUGGUGGACCGCAUGGCCAAAGCCGCCGUCUCAAUCUUCGCCAGGAUUUGCGCCGUGUUCGGCCAGUUCGUGCCGGGACUUCCAAACAACCGUUCCGGUCUCAGACCCCGAACCUAUCCGAUAUUCCCCAGCAAGCAUUCGUCCGGUUUGAUGGAAAGACCAAUACCAAGGGAAUCAAACAUCAGAAACUCGGCUCCGAUAUUAAGAACAAGGGAAGCGAUUGCAAAGUCUGGUACCGACUGGGGCAAGCAAUUGGAAGCGCCUCCGAGCACGGUCGGAGGAUCGAGCCUGGCGCAACGUUAUGCGAACGUGAUCGUAUUGGCAGAGAGGCUGCAUCUACUGAGAGCCAGCGGCGAUGGGCCGGUGGACAGGGAGCAGGCCGGGGAGGAGGCGGCCGUGAGGGAGGAGCUGUAUGGGCUGCUGCCUGCGGGGAUGCGGGGGACAGUGAGGGCGAAGCUGAGGGAGUGUUGGAGGAAGGACGGGGGAGUGGUGGACGAGCGGCUGGCGAAGGGGUGGAAGGAGGUGGUGGGGCGAAUUCUUGGGUGGCUGGGGCCGGUGGCGCACGAUACUUUGAGGUGGCAGGAGGAGCGGACCAUGGACCGGCAGCAGCGGUUCGACGCGAAGCCGAGGGCGCUGCUGCUGCAGACUCUGCAUUUCUCCGACAAGGAGAAGGCGGAGGCGGCGAUCGUGGAGGUGCUGGUCGGGUUGAGCUGCGUUUGUUGGUACGAGGAACGGCGGUUCGACUCUUUGAGGUUUCGAACAUGAUUAAGAAUCAAGUUCAGAAGAAGAUGCUGAACAGUCAUGGGGAUUUAGGAAUUCGUUAGGGCCUUGGGAAUUGGUAAAAACGUUCCUGGAUUUCGUUUUUUUUUUUUUUUUUUUUGAUGAUGAUAAAAAACAUCCCUGGAUUCAUGUUUAGGACAUGGAAUGUGUUUACCCAUUCCCCUUGCUGGGUUGGUUUUCUCGUUAUACAUACACACGGUUUCCAUCAGUAUGGGUUGGAAAAGCCGGAUAGAGUUUGCUCGUUUCGUCUGCAUGGUUUCAGAGGCUGUGGAGACGGAAGAUGUUAGAAAAUAGAUGUAUUAGAUUAAUUUUUUUAAAGAUGUGUUGGAGUGAUUUUUUUC